GAGAUGCUGGGCAGCACUUUCACUCUGGCUUUGUAGAUGUCGCUGUUGACCACAGUUGGAGCUGCAGCCCAGGCUGCCCAAGCACCAUGUGACCUGCAGGGAGGUAGCAGCUCAAGGCCAUUUUCAAUUCUCAUUGGCUUACUUGUCAUGUGGUUGUGCAGAGGCAUCCACAAUUACACAGGGAAUGUUUUCCUAGAGAUGUCAGCCUACAAAGGACACAAUCUCUCUUCUUCAAAUUCCUCCCCAAAAUGUCCUUUCCAAACAGCUCUCCUGCUGCAAAUACUUUUUUAGUAGAUUCUUUGAUCAGUGCCUGUAGAAGUGACAGUUUCUAUUCUAACAACGCCAGCAUGUACAUGCCACCUAACUCAGACAUUGGGACUUAUGGGAUGCAAACCUGUGGACUGCUACCAUCUCUGGCUAAAAGAGAAGUCAAUCACCAAAACAUGGGUAUGAAUGUACAUCCCUAUAUACCUCAAGUAGACAGUUGGACAGAUCCGAACAGGUCUUGCAGAAUAGAGCAACCUGUUACACAACAGAUCCCCACUUGUUCCUUUCCUACCAAUAUUAAGGAAGAGACCAAUUGCUGCAUGUAUUCUGAUAAGCGACCAAAAGUCAUUUCUUCAGAGGUGCCACCAUACCAGAGGCUGGUUUCUGAGAACUGUUCUGUUGAUAACUCUGAGGUUCCUGUCCCAGGAUAUUUUAGACUGAGCCAGACCUACGCCAGUGGGAAACCCCAAGAGUACAAUAAUAACCAAGAAACCAGUUCAUCCUUAAUGUUACAGCUAAACCCCCGCGGCAGCUCCAAACCUCAGCUAUCUUCUCCUCAUCAGAUGGAUAAGAAAAUGAAUGAAAACCCGAGCAGCCAAGAGUCCUCUAAAGUCCCCUCAGUGGAAAGUCCAGAGACCAAGGCUGUCCUGCAGGAGGACAGGAGCUGCCUGGCUGAGGUGUCUGUGUCCAGCCCUGAAGUCCAAGACAAGGAAAGUAAAGAAGAAAUCAAGUCUGACACUCCAACCAGCAAUUGGUUAACUGCAAAGAGUGGCAGGAAGAAGAGGUGCCCGUACACUAAACACCAGACACUGGAGUUAGAGAAAGAAUUCUUGUUUAAUAUGUAUCUGACUCGAGAGCGCCGCCUAGAGAUCAGUAAGAGCGUCAACCUCACUGACAGGCAGGUCAAAAUCUGGUUUCAAAAUCGGAGAAUGAAGCUUAAGAAGAUGAGUAGAGAGAACCGAAUCCGUGAACUGACCGCCAAUCUGACUUUUUCUUAAAUUCAGCCAUUGCUCCCCAGCAGGAGAGACUUUGAACCCCCCCCCCCCCCCCCCCAUCCCAUCCAUUUCCUGUGAUCUAGAAUGUGAUUCCUCAUUUUAUAGUGCUGCAAGUGUCUAUAUGUAUUUUCAUGGGUAUAUAAAUAAUAAUAAAGUUCUAGCACAUGUAAUUUAUUAUUAUUAUUAUUAUUAUUAUUUUUCACCGUAUGGCAGGGUAAAAAAAUGAAGAACGUUUAUCAUUUGGUCUUAAAUUAUUGGGACUGGUGAAACACAUCCAAACAAUGUGACUUUUUCAUGUUUUUUCUAAGGAAUAGUCUUUCUGCGUGUUACUUUAUGGACCCCAGCAUUUUAAUCCUUCACGUUUAUUCCUAUUGACUUUUUGGGGACAAAAAAAGCACAUUUUCUGUAAAGUCUCUGCUCCAAGUAACUGAGAAUCUGUUCGUCAGUGUGUAGUUUAUUUGAGUAGUAUUCCUGGUAGAACUUUUCUUGUGAUAUGUGGCAAUAUCAUCGAGACAGCUCUGUGUCCAUAUUGUGCAUGU